GUCUAGCUUCCGUUCUCAAUGUUUUUCGCCAUGACAACUGUUCUAUACAGUUUUAUGAAAGCUCUCCUUUUUGAAUGAAGAAAGCGAGAGAAAUUUUCAAACUUGCAUCCAGACGCAGAAGCUUCAAUCCAAGUACCAUUUCCCAGAGAAAUAUCUCUUCAAAAAUGGAUCCAUCAGAACGAUACAGUUUUAACCCAGUAUUGAAUUGGGAUCCUCAAGUUAAUGAUUACUUUGUAAAAGCUUAUGGAGCUGAUCACUUUUCUCGCAUUUCCAAGGCCCUCACGUGCCCAUCUUCUUAUUCCUGUAUUCGUGUUAAUACACUUAAGUCAACAAGUGAUGCUGUUAUUGAGAAGCUAUUGGGAAUUUUACAAGAAAGAGUGCCACAAAAUGCUGGAGAUGACAUCCAACUGAACAUGAAAUGUGAUGCCGAUGUCAAACUUAAUGAGGUUCCAUUGGAUGAAAAAAUGUCUACAAACUCUACUGUUGCCUCAGACAUGGAUGUGUCUUCUGAAUAUUUUGGAAAUGGAGAAAUUAAGAUGCCAGUCUUGCAUGAUAACUCUAUUUACAAAUGUCCAAUUCCUGGGUUAGACUAUGUUGUCUUUGUAAAAGGUUCAGGACCGCAUACCAUUGAUUAUGGACAUGAAGACAAACCUUUCAAAGAAAUGAUUGUGAGUCGUAAAUGCGCGGAAGCUGUUCUUCGUGGUGCUCAGGUAUAUGUCCCUGGUGUAUUAGCUUGUAGUGCCCAUCUGGAGAAAGGUGAUGUAGUUGCGGUAUCAGUUGCAAUAGAGCAACCUGGAAAUAAUGGUGGAUGGGGUAUUCCCAUGACACGUGGGACUGUUCUACCGGGGUUGGAAACAGAUCCUUAUUAUUUUGAACGACAUGGCCUGUACAUUGGCCAAGGAACAUCAAUGGUAUCAAGAGUUGGCUUAUUUCGCGCAUUGGAAGGAAUUGCUGUGGACAUGACUAACAAAGUAUUUAAACUACCUUCCUUCAAUAAUGUCCUUGAAGGUGAAGUAUUUCUUCAGAACUUGCCAAGCAUAAUUGCUGCACAUGCCCUUGAUCCUCAACAAGGAGAGAGGAUACUGGACAUGUGUGCAGCUCCUGGUGGGAAAACAACAGCAAUUUGUAUUCUUAUGAAGGACAAAGGAGAGAUUGUUGCAGCUGAUAGAUCUCAUAAUAAGGUUCUUGACAUUCAAAAAUUGGCUGCUGAAAUGGACCUGCAUUGUAUAACAACCUGCAAAUUGGAUGCUCUUAAGGCUACAUGUCGAAUAAAGGAAUCGUGCGAUACAGUGACUAGUGGGCAAGAGAAACAACCGACUUCUACAAGGGAAGUGGACUGCGGGAAAAACAAUAGUACAUUAAAAAAUGGGCGUGGAAGAAGUCAUGACGUGGGUGCUAGGGUUGAAAAAUCUUCAGGGUUUCCACCAAAUAGCUUUGAUCGAGUUCUUCUUGAUGCUCCCUGUUCAGCACUCGGUCUGAGGCCUAGAUUAUUUGCUGGAGUGGAAACAAUAGAAUCAUUGAGGAACCAUGCAAAAUAUCAGAGAAAAAUGUUUGAUCAAGCUGUUCAACUGGCUCGUCCUGGUGGUGUUAUAGUCUAUUCCACGUGUACAAUUAAUCCUGGAGAGAAUGAAGCAUUAGUUCGUUAUGCCUUGGAUACAUUUAAGUUUCUUUCAUUGGCACCCCAGCAUCCAAGAGUUGGUGGGCCAGGCCUAGUUGGUGGUUGUCAAAUGCCUGAUGGAACCCAAGAAGAAUGGCUGAGAGCUGGGGAGGAGGAGUUAGUUCAAAGAUUUGAUCCUUCAUCACCACUUGACACAAUUGGAUUCUUCAUUGCUAAGUUCAGUGUUGGCCCCAAGGAUGCUGUUGCAAAUUCCACAGCAAAAGAAUCAACAGUAUAAAAUUUGUAUUGGAAACGUGUUUCGAUUUCUAGUCAAACAUUUUUUAUUAUUCAUUAGGAUUGUGGCGCGUUAUAUUAAAUUAAAUAUUGUACAAUUUUUUCUAUAUUAUGUAACAUUUUUGGUGUUGGCAAAAUGACCAUCAAGACAAAAGAUGAUGGUUGAUUGCUCGUCGUGUUUAUUUGGUUUGAUUAUUUUGUAGUUUAUUCCAUACUUUCAUAAUGAGAUUGAAUGCCAAACAUGGCCAUUGUUGU